AAAAAGAUUUAUUUUGUUUUGUUUUUGAAGAUAGUAUUCAUUUGACUAAAGAUUAAAGCUUUCAUGGGGUCCAUGAAGAUUUCUGGGACAUCUUUAUUGGCCUCCCUCCUCUUAUGUUUUUCCUAAUGCCACUAAAAAGCUUCAACUUUUGUCCCUUCUUUUUUUUGUUUCUUCACAGGAGAGAGAUGCAAUCGGGUCGCUUAAAAACCGUGGUGAGUCCGAUUCCCCAGCGGAUUCGGUCUUUUCAAGCAGCUGAUACUAGAGGGAAGCAUAGGGUACAAGCAGAACUCAAAAGGCUAGAGCAAGAGGCUAGAUUCUUAGAGGAAGAGCUAGAGCAGAUAGAAAGAAUGGAGAAGGCAUCAGCAGCAUCUAAAGAGAUGCUCGGCAAUGUCGAAAGUAAACCCGAUCCGCUACUCCCCGUAACAAAUGGCCCUAUAAUUCCCGUAUGGGAUCAAUGGUUUGAAGGCCCCCAAGAAGCUCAAGGUUGCAAAUGUUGGAUAUUGUGAUAGUUUUUUUGCUGAUUUGAAGAGUUAACCAUUAUAAUUAUAGUCUUUAAUUUGGAGAGGUUUUGAUUUA